AUGAGGAGAAGAAAGCUGAAUAAUCUGAUUUACAUUGUUUAUGCAUUGAUCGCUCUUUAUAUAAUCAAUGAAAUACUAUCAAGAUAUUCAUUACAUCUAUCAGUGAGUGAAUCUGUAGAUUUAGUAUAUUUGUGGGUGAAUGGAUCAGAUCCUAACCGGAUCAAGAAAUAUCACCUUGCAAAGAACAUUACUGGAGUUAAUUACUCUGAUACUAACUACUAUCGACGCUAUGUUGAGAAAAACGAACUUUUAUUAUCUCUUCGAACUGUUUAUCAGUUCAUAUCAUGGAUCAAUAAGAUUUAUAUAGUUACAAAUGAUCAGUAUCCAUUUUGGCUUAACCUAUCUCAUCCAAAGAUUAGCAUUAUUUCACAUAGUCAACUCUACGGAGAAGGAAAAACUUCAUUCAGUAGCAACUCGAUACAAUUCACGUUAAAUAAGAUUCCAAAUCUUGCGAACAAAUUCAUACUUGCUGAUGACGACUUUUUCUGGACAAAACCUAUCGAUAAAUCGUAUUACUUUACGAAAAACAAAUUAAAGUUUAGAAUAUUACGUUUUAAAGGCGAUGUAUACGAUAUGUAUGGUCCUGAUGCAACUUGCACAGAUGAUGAUGAUAAUAUCAUGGUAUUCCACAAAUCCAUAAUAGAAGCGUGGAACCUAGUCAAAAGCAAACGGAACAAGACCAAAAAUCCAAGAUUUGGCUAUUCUCAUGUUGCAAUACCUUUGUCAAAAGAGAUUUUUGAAGAAAUUUUUCAAGAGUACAACAUAUCCCAUAUGAAAGACAUCCAAUUCAGGAAAUGCGGAAUGGUACAAUUCCAAUCACUUUUCCUUUACCAUGCAUAUGCUACAGGAAGAUUAGUAAAAACACACCGUGAUUAUUAUACUACAUUCAGAGGCGAAUGUUCAGAGCAAGUGAACUACCUUCUUAAACAUAAAUCAAAAGGAGCAUCAUACUGUUUCAACAAUUGCAUGGCUCAAUAUUUCCAACAAUUAAUUGAUUUUUAUCCACCAUGCGAAUACGAACUGAAAUUAUAG